UUUAGAUUUAAUUUAUUGACUGUAAAGUGUUAUAUGUGUUCACCAAAUUGUAUUUGGCGUAGAAGGCCAUUGUUUUACAGAGCGCGACGUUUAAUCAGUUUUUUUUACGAUAUCCUAAAGAAGUCGAAUUUUUCAAAAAAGUUGUAUAAUCUCUUUGAAUGGGAUGGUUCGAUUUGCUGAUGACUGGGGAUAAUAAUAAGAUUUUAACGCCUUUAGCAGGCUAUAGAUAGUCAAUUUUAUAUACGGUUUCAAAAAGGUAUAUAACGCGGCUAGGUAAUGGGCUAUUAUUGUUUUAUGUUUAAAUAUUUCGGAGUUUUAUUCAUACGUUGCCAAACCCGUCGAAAUGUUAACAACAUUAGUUACCUGGAUUCCACUUUUGCAAAUUGUCGCCGCUUAUACGACCUGUGAUGUGGACGCUUACGAAAACCUCAUCAGGACCCGGUAUGAAAAAUCCCAGGACUACACUUUCCCCGUGGAUUCCGGAAGUCAUCGCGCCCUUUCUGCGACCGCUGCACCGACUGAUUUCGGAGAGUACGAUUUUGUCGUAAUCGGAGGGGGAUCCACCGGGGCCGUUAUGGCUACACGUUUAUCGGAAGUUAGGGAUUGGAAAGUUCUGGUCAUCGAAGCCGGAAGAUGGCCCGAAAAAUUGGUAUCGAUAACCAGCGCUUCUUACAAAAUCAACAUCAUGAGCGACUACAAUUGGGGCUACUACAGCGUGCAGCAGAAUAACAGCUGUUUAGGUUUCGUAGGGAACCGGUGCCCUCUGCCCAGGGGCAAAGGUCUCGGCGGCACGUCGCUCUUGAACGCAAUGAUCUACGUGAGGGGCAACAAGCACGAUUACCAAAAAUGGUGCGGCAUGGGAAACCCCGGCUGGUGUUACAAAGAUGUUCUGCCGUAUUUUUUGAAAUCCGAAAACUUCCAUCACACCAACAAGCUGGCGCCGGUCGAUGUGAAAUAUCACAACUAUUCUGGUCCCCUUUGGGUGGAACAGCCGAUGCCGUUUCACGAACAUCACAAAGUUUUUCUCAAGGCCAACGAGCAGAUGGGAUACAAAAUCAGGGACAUCAACGGCAAGGAGCAAAUUGGGGCGAUGCCCUUCCAGGUAAACACGAAAAAGGGCCGCAGGCAGGACAGUGGGACCGCGUUUUUGAAGCCGGUCCUGUACCGCGACAAUUUGAAGGUGAUGCCCAACAGUCUGGUGACGAAGAUCCUCUUCGACGGCAAAACGGCCACCGGGGUGAAAUUUUUGAACAACGGUAUAGAGUACAAAGUUGGUGUUAGAAAGGAGGUUAUCCUGUCAGCAGGGACGAUCAAUUCUCCUCAAUUGCUUAUGUUGUCUGGUGUAGGACCGGCGGAGCAUCUUAAAGAACACAACAUCGAAGUAGUUGCCGAUCUACCAGCAGUAGGCCAAUCCUACUCGGACCACUUACAAGUCCACGGUCUAGUCUUCAGCAGCAACAUAUCAGAACCCACUACAACCUUACGAACAUCAAUAGAGCAAUACCUAACCCGAGGCCAAGGUCCUUUAGCCGAAGCGGCUCCCACCCAAGCCGUAGGUUACUACAGAACCAGGCUGGAGAAGACCCCCGGAUACUCGGACCUGGAGCUCAGCUUCCAGGACACCAACGACACUACCGACGCCCUGACGCACUAUUACAACUGGAAGAGCAGCAUCUCCUCCAGGACAUCCAUAGUGAACGCCAGCACCUCCUUCCAGAUAUUCGCCACGCCCUUGCACACCAAGUCCUUGGGCACGGUGAGACUGAAGAGCGCCGAUCCUUUGGACUUUCCCUUGGUGGAUCCGAACAUCCUCUCCGACAAAGACGGCCACGACUUCGAUCUUGCCUACGAGGGUAUACAGUUGGUGUUGAAUCUCACCCAGCAGGAGGCUUUCAAGAAAAUCGACACCAAGUUAACGCAUCAACCUCUGCUGGAAUGCUCCGACGUGAAGUUCUUGACCAAGGACUAUUGGAGGUGCGCUGCUAAGUAUAUUAUCAAUCACAACAACCACCCGGUGAGCACCUGCAAGAUGGGGCCCAAUGCGAAGAAGAAUGUCGUGGACCAUAAGUUGAAGGUUCAUGGUAUUGCUAACUUGAGGGUGGCUGAUGCUAGCGUUAUUCCUCUAUCUAUGUCGGCUCAUAUUAAUGCGAUUUGCUACAUGAUAGCAGAUAAAGGGGCCGAUAUGAUUAAAGCCGAUUGGUAGAACGGUGCUUGAG